AUGUCACCGCCUCAAAGAAAAUGCCAUUUUAACGCUGAGUUGCAAGCAGAGUAUCCAUUUUUGAAACAAAAAUCAAAUGUUUCACCGCAUAUUGUGUUUUGCCAAGUUUGCAGAAGUGAUGUUGAUAUUUCUAACAGUGGUCGCAGUAAUAUCAAACAACAUUUGUCCAAGAAGAAACACAUUUUGGCUGCAAAUGCAAACUUGAAGAGCAGAAAAUUGGAAACUUUUCUUAAAAGUGACAGUUCAAGUUCUGAAGAUAUGUUGAUUGCUGCCAAGGAAGGUACUUUUGCUUACCAUACAAUUAAGCAUUUGCAAAGCUUCAGAUCCUUAGACUGCACGUCAAAACUAAUUGUAAACAUGUUUGAACCAAAAUUUGCGGCAGCUCGAACCAAGACUGAGGCGAUUGUAAAAAAUGUUUUAGCUCAAGAAGCUCAGUCCCAAUUAGAAAUUGACCUUCGAAAAGCAAAUUUUGUUAGCAUCACGAUCGAUUCGUCAAAUCAUCGAGAAAUUAAAGUUGUGCCCUUAAUGGUAAGGUAUUUUGAUGGUGAAAAGGGUAUCCAAGUAAAAUUACUUCAGCUGCGUGACUUACCCUGGGAAACAUCAGAGCAGUUGAAAGAUUACGUGGUCAGUGCUUUGAAUCACCAUAAUCUACUUCAAAAAUGCAUCGGAAUGUCUGCUGAUAACACAAAUACAAAUUUUGGUGGAAUGAGGAGAAAAGGAGUGAAUAAUCUAUUCAGCAAGUUAAAUGCUUCUCGUGGCAAACCCGUCAUUGGAAUUGGUUGUGUAGCACACAUCUUUAACAACUGUUUACAAAAUGCGACGGACGUCUUACCAAUAGACGUCGAACUAUUUGGAUGGGUUAACUUGAAAAAACAAGUUUCUUGGGCUGAAAUUUUGUCGUCGUGUGAGGCUUUCAAGGACUACAUAGGUCCGAUAUUGAAUCAGGACGAACUGUUCGAUGAAGUUAGUUUAAUACGAACCAACGUUACAGAAGAUAAAAUCGUAGACUGGAAUUCGAGAAAUAUUUCUACCGAAGAUCGAUGGCUCGAAGUCUUCCAAAAAGAAAGUGCUUUGAAAAAUCUCAAAAUUCUAUGCGAGUUCGUUUUUUGUCUGCCUGGGACCAGUGCGUCGCUUGAGAGGUUGUUCUCAAAUAUCAAUAACUAUUGGAGUCCCGACAAAUCGCAGCUGAAAAUAUCUACUCUGGAAGCCAUCAUGCAAGUCUACACAAACUUCAAAGUUUCGUGCAAUGAAAUGUUUCAGUUCUUAAAGAGUAAACCACAACUUCUGAAGGAAAUUCAUGGUUCCAAAAAGUACGACUGGUACCAGAAUGAUGAUCAAAAUUUUCUGGCAGGAACGUCGAAAGAAAAUUAG